GCCACUGUGCAAUUAUGCAUCCUGCAUAAUCGCUUCCAAUUGACCAUGGAGUUUGCACACCACAAGCCAACGCGCCAUGGCACUUCUCUUCGUCCCAUUUCUCUUCUCCCUACUGAUCACCACCUUCCCGCCCGCUGCAACGGACACCGUCACCGCAGGCCGGCCGCUGGCUGGCGGCAACAAGCUCGUCUCCGGCAACGGUAAGUUCGCACUGGGAUUUUUCCAAAUGGCCGGCGGCAACGGCAGCAGUAGCACUGCCCCGAAGUGGUACCUGGGUGUAUGGUUCAACACGGUCUCGAAGUUCACCCCGGCAUGGGUGGCCAACCGAGAGAACCCUCUCGCCGACGGCGGCGCCUCGUGGCAGCUCGCCAUCUCCGGCGACGGCAACCUCGUCAUCUCGAACCGCGCCAACAACAACUCCAUGACAGCUGCAGCCUGGUCCAGCCAGGCCAACACCACGACGAGCAACAACACCGUCGCCGUUCUCCUGAACAGCGGCAACCUCGUCCUCUCCGACGCCUCGAAUUCCUCCAUCAUCUUCUGGGAGAGCUUCAGCCACAUGACGGACACCUUCCUCCCCGGCGCGAAGAUGGGGUGGAACAAGGCGACGGGUUUCACCCACGGCCUCGUCUCCAGCAAGAACUCCGGCGACCUCUCACCCGGCGUCUACUCCGCCACGCCGUCCUCCGACUUCGCCAACCCGGGCCUGUUCCUCGCGUGGAACUCCUCCGUGGUGUACUGGUCGACGGGGCCAUGGAACGGGGACUACUUCAGCAACACGCCGGAGCUGACGGCUCGGGCUCUCUUCACCUUCGACUUCGUCAGCAACGACCACGAGGAGUACUUCACGUACAGGCUGAGGAACGACACGAUGGUCACGAGGUACGUGCUCGCUGCCUCCGGGCAGGCGAAGAACAUGAUCUGGUCCAGCGUCUCGGAGGAUUGGGUGACCUUCUACGCGAAGCCAGGAGCUCAGUGUGACGUGUACGCUGUCUGUGGAGCUUUCGCUCUCUGCAGAGAGGACAUGCUCCCGUUCUGCAACUGCAUGGAGGGCUUCUCCAUCAGGUCACCACAGGACUGGGAGCUAGGAGACCAGACCGGUGGAUGUGUUAGGAACGUUCCUCUGAAUUGUGGUGUGACAGAUAGGUUCUAUGCCAUGAGUGAUGUUAGAUUCCCUGCUAAUGCCAAGAACAUGGAAGCUGGGACUGCCGAUGGAUGCAAACAGGCUUGUCUGAAUGAUUGUUCUUGCACUGCAUAUUCGUACAACGGCAGUUGCAAUGUUUGGAGUGAUGGAUUGUUUAAUGUUGCACGGCAGUAUAACUAUAACCAGAGUAGCAGUGGAGGAAUUCUUUACCUUCGCCUUGCAGCUGAGGAUGAUGUUAGUGAGAGCUCAAAGCACACAAGAGGAUUGAUCAUUGGAGUGGUUGCUGUUGCAAGCGUUCUCAUUCUGUCCUUGUUUACAAUUGUUAUCAUGUUUGUUAGGAGAAAUAAAAGGAACUGUUCAUCAGUCGGUAGAAUUAUAUGUGGAACAGUAGCUUUUAGGUACAAGGAUCUCCAGCAUGCAACAAAAAACUUCUCAGAAAGAUUAGGGGGUGGCAGCUUUGGUUCUGUGUUCAAGGGUGUUUUGACUGACUCCACUGUAAUAGCUGUCAAAAGACUUGAUGGUGCUCGUCAAGGAGAGAAGGAAUUCAGAGCAGAGGUGCGUUCAAUAGGAAUAAUCCAACAUAUUAACCUGGUCAGGUUAAUUGGUUUUUGUUGCGAAGGUAGCAAUAGGUUGUUGGUCUAUGAAUACAUGCCAAAUGGUUCACUUGAUUCCAAUCUUUUUGGGAGUAAAGUUGCAUCUCUGGAUUGGAGUACUCGGUAUAAAAUAGCGCUUGGUGUUGCCAGAGGAUUGGCCUACAUGCAUGGGAAUUGUCUGGACUGCAUCAUACAUUGUGACAUCAAGCCACAGAAUAUUCUUUUGGAUGCAUCAUUUGUUCCCAAGAUUGCAGAUUUUGGGAUGUCAAAGCUCAUGGGGAGAGAUUUUAGCCAAGUUCUGACAACGGUACGAGGAACUAUCGGAUAUCUUGCGCCUGAAUGGAUUAGUGGAAUGGCCAUCUCAUCAAAAGUGGAUGUUUACAGCUAUGGAAUGGUGCUGUUGGAAAUCGUAUUUGGAAGAAGAAAUUUUAGAGGAGAGUGCACCAGUAAUGCUACCUAUUUCCCGGUUCAGGUUGUUGGUAAACUCCUUCAGGGGAAUGUGCAAUGCCUAUUGGACCAAAACAUUCAGAGUGACAUCAAUUCAGAAGAGGUUGAAAGAGCUUGCCGAGUUGCUUGCUGGUGUAUUCAGGAUGAUGAAUUGAACAGACCGACCAUGGCACAGGUAGUCCAUAUACUUGAAGGCGUCUUAGAAGUCGACAUGCCUCCCAUGCCAAAGUUGCUUCAGGCAAUUUCUGGCAACAUGGAUUCGACUAAGACAUAGAUAUGUGGUCAGUGACAUAAAAUUGUUCGUGUUUAGUUUGUCCUUUUUUUUUGUAAUGGGCCGGCCCGCUCGAAUCCUAGUGGCGAUCGAUCGGACGGUGGGCUGGUGGUGGCCCACAGACCGGCGAACCGUCAAUCAAACAGAUUAGCGCUAGCCUCAAACAAAGGCAUAAGUGCCAAUCAAAAUCAAACAGGUGCUCUAAAUAAAAGCUAAGCAUAACAACCAA